AAAAAUGAAACAACAACAACAACAUAGUUCACCGGUUUUGUUUCCAAGAGUAACCUUCACUGUCAGCGACGGCAACCCAUGAACGAAACAUACACUCCGAUCCGAGCUCGUGGGAUUCCAUGAGCUAGCACCACCAUGCCUUCCUCCCCAAAAUCCUUCUACCCUCGCCACACCACUUUCUCCUCCCGCAGAUCCGCCGCCAUCCUCGCCGUCUUCCUCCUCGGCGCCGCCGUUCUUCUCUUUCUCCGGCCGUUUCCGGGAUCCCGCUGCCUCAACUCACCCCCCAGAUCGGUUAGGGUCGUUUGGGAGCACGCCGCCGGCACUGGAGGAAAUGGGGUGGCUUCCGAUAGGCAUAAGGUGAUGGGUUUUGUGGGAAUUCAAACUGGGUUUGGAUCUGUUGGUAGGAGACAAUCGUUGAGGAAGACUUGGUUUCCCUCCGAUCGCCAAGGCCUUCAACGCUUGGAAGAAGCCACUGGGUUGGCUUUUAGGUUUGUCAUUGGUAGAACAAGUGAUACAGCAAAGAUGUCUGCGCUUCAGAAGGAAGUUGCAGAAUAUGAUGAUUUCAUUCAGUUGGAUAUCCAAGAGGAGUACAGUAAGCUUCCAUACAAAACGCUAGCUUUCUUCAAAGCUGCUUAUGCUCUUUUUGAUGCUGAGUUUUAUGUCAAAGCUGAUGAUGACAUAUAUUUAAGGCCAGAUCGUCUUUCAUUACUACUGGCAAAAGAGCGAUCUCACCCCCAGACUUACUUAGGUUGCAUGAAAAAGGGGCCCGUGUUCACUGAUCCAAAACUCAAAUGGUAUGAACCACUAUCACAUUUGCUUGGGAAGGAGUAUUUCCUGCAUGCGUAUGGUCCUAUAUAUGCUCUUUCUGCUGAUGUUGUUUCAAGCCUGGUUGCUCUUAGGAAUGACAGUUUCCGGAUGUUCAGCAAUGAGGAUGUUACUAUUGGUGCUUGGAUGCUUGCAAUGAAUGUCAACCAUGAGAAUAAUCAUGAACUCUGUGCUCCAGACUGUACAGCUACAUCUGUUGCCGUUUGGGAUAUUCCUAAGUGUUCAGGCCUCUGUAAUCCAGAAAAGAAAAUGCUGGAACUCCAUCAAAAGGAAAGCUGCUCUCAGAGCCCAACUCUGGAAGCGGAUGAUGACUAGAAUAUGUGGAUGGAUAUAUUAUAAAGCAAAGUAAGCAAAGAAAGUGGGAGAGGAAUCGCUUAUUUUUGUCAUUUUUAACUUCCAAAAGAUGCUACCACUGCCAAUUUUUCGUGUUCAUUUUUGAAUUUACAUUUCUUCCCGUUACAAGACAGGUGAUUUUGUUUUCUCUCUCUGUUCCCAUCAUAUUUUCCCCUUUAUACUGAGUGUAGCAUUGGACGAUAUGAAGGAGUUUCUAUAGGGAUCACUUUUUGUACAUGAGAAAAUAGAUAGACAUUAUAUGGAUGAUGAAAUUUACAAAUUUCCUGGUUUUGAUGUCA